AUGGCGAAAGGUCUCAUUGCCCGGUUUCGACGUGCCAAUGCUCCUGCACCAAAAGUUAUUUAUGCAGACAACAACUGCUGUCGUGACAGCGGUUCCUCCUUUCUGGAGAGUCUGUUUGCUGACUGGCUACAGCAGGGUGCUGUGGUCAGACUGGACAUCCGACACUGGCUACAUCGCUGGGAUGCUGUUGUGAUCAAACAGAGCCAUGCCAAGUACGGGUUGUUCAUGAGUGCCUUGGCGGGUGCGGUGCUCGCCUACAACAAGACGGACAUGAUGCUCCUGGUCCAGGCUGUCAGGAGUGGCAACGCAGAGCUGUACGGCAGGUAUUCCGACGAGGAGAUGAUAGCCUUCCUCAAGCCUCACCAGGUCAGAUCGUAUGUGAGGCGCAUCACCCGUGGGGUUGUGGAGUCUGCUUUGGUGAUUGAGGCCAUCAUUGCCGAGUUCAGGGGACCAGCAGGCCUGGACAUUGAUGGAAUCCCCCUGUUCAAGUCAACAGAGGCAGUUGAUGCUCACUGGGCAACUGCAAGCAAGCAUCUCGGCUGCAUGCAGGAUCCCCCUGGCAUACAGCUGUAUGUGUCUGUGAAGGUUGUGGUGCUGAAUGGUGUUCAUCUCAACAAGUACAGGUGCCGGAGAGGCAGUAACUCUUUGGAGGGGUUGCACGCACACCUUUACAAUGCCAUACCUUCACAGAGAUGUGGGAUUAUGCCGUUCCAAGCAUACCUGAUGGCCUUUGCUGUGCAGUGGAACAACCGCAUGGCAUCACUCCGGGUUGCUGGCGGUCAGGGUCGGCAGACGUCAUGCAUGGACGCGCGGCAGAUCCAGCGCAUCAAUCAGCAGGCUGAGCUUCUGUUCGGCAAGGAGCACGUCCUGGAGCCCAACUUUGCUGCUCCACUGCCCGUCCCUGAUGCGUACGAGCACCCAGACGAGGAGGAGCUCCUUGGCGUGGAGUAUGCCGUGUGCCAGUCUACCAGCUUCACUGCUAAAAAUUUCUAUGUGCAGAAAGUUGAGGAAGAGCAGUCUCGUGAGGAGGAGGAGGAGUCUGAGGAGUCGGCUGAGACAGAUGAAGAUGAAGAGAUGGCAGAUGAGGGUCUUGGCAUGUCUGCAGAGUCAGAGGAGGAUCCUAUUGACAGCUUCUGCAGGAACCAUGCCAUCCUCACCAAGGCAGAACAGGUGGAGGAGGAGGACAGCCCCGCUCUGCAAGAUGUGCUCAUGACCCAGGGACAUCUGCAUCUGCCAGGAAUAGAAGAAGUGGAGGCACUGGCCUUGCUGCUCCUAGAACUGGUAGACGACAGCGACCGCCACCUAGUGCCAGCUGACCUGAGGCAGAAGAUCAUCACCGCCGCCAGCUCUCUUCACGAGCACGACAAGACCGCCGCCAGAUUUGUUAAAAAAUAUGAGUCCAGGUGGGGCUACACCCUGUUUGGCCGGUGUCUUGGGGCUGACACCCACGAGACCAGAGCAGCUCAGAAAACAAAGUUUGGCUGGAUGAGGUUCCCUCAGGCGGCACAGGUGACAGAGGACAGCCGUCUGCUCUACCUCCUCAUCAAGAUGCUCAAAAACCGACCGCCGUGCAGUCAACUCUCCUCCCCCAGUAAAGUCGUGUCUUCUAUUAAGGGGCAGUAUAAAAGGAUUGCAGACCGACUAAGAGACGAUGCCAUCCUGUGCGGCCUCGCCAUUCCUCUGCCCAAUGUGAAUGCGAAAUCCAUCUCCACCUUUAUUGUGAGGGAGGAGAAAAAGGCCAACUACAGGGCAACAGUAAUGCCCAGAGUGACACCACACAAGAAAGUGUUGUCAGACACACCGCUUCCAGAAGCUCCUGUGCUGCCAACAUCCUUGCCUCCACCAGAUCGGCCUGAAGUGCAGUACCAGCACCUUCAUCACCUGGCUGGGAAAAGGCAGGGUGAGAAGCGGAGGUUAGCUUUUGAAGAGCCAGAACCGGCCCCUGUGAACCGGCCCAUUCCGCCAAACCCCGCGAACCGGCCCAUUCAGCCAAAGCCUGCUGCGUCUGCCCAUAUUCCACCCGCUGUGUCGGCAGCUGCACCUCUACUCCUGGUUCUUCCUGCACAGCCACAAGCUCCCUCCAUCAAACUUCUGGGGCCAUCAGGCAGUCAGGGCUUUGUACCUGUGGCACAGCCCCCUGCACCAACCACCAAGCAACUCAUGCCCAACAAGUCCUUGCGGCCAUGUGGGGCUUGCCAAGUGCCUCAGUGUGGUGGGCAGCGGAAAAGGUACACACCUUCAAAGGACAAAGCAGCUGGAAGCAACCAGAAGAUAUUUACCUAUUGCCCGGCAACUAGGAAAUCCACUACCUCUGGGUUUGAAGAUGUUUGCUAUGAUAAUUUUGAACACUUCAAAAGUGUGGUGGAUAUAGACUUAGAAAAAAGGAAAAGCAAUUAG